AAAUCCUUUUCCCUCUUAUUUUUUUUUCUUUUCCAAUUCCCUCUCUCAGCUUAGACUUUCAAACCUAAAAGGCUAAAAGCUUGAACCUCAGCUUUCCCCAAUUCCAAUUCCUCUCAUUUUCUUUUCCAAUUCCUUCUCAGCUUGAAUUUCAAUUUUCCCCAAUUCGAUCCUUUUCCGAUUCCAUAUCUAAGGGGUAGCUGACAGGAAAAAGCGGCAUGCAUGGAAAGCCAAUCCAUAACAUGACUAGUUCUGAAAUAACUAUUAGUUGGGCAAUUUUACCUAGGAGGGGUCAUUUACUGGUUUUAUGUCUUCCAUCUGUUAAUGUUGGCGUUGUUUUACACACACAUUUUAUUUUUGUCUAACAGUUUUCUUCUAACAUUUUUUGCCUUUAAUGGCUCUUUAGCCUAUCAACACCACCCUUUUGGUGGGUAUACCUCUGGGGUUGAAUCCCUGGCAUCUUGAAGAUAGUGUGAUGCAAAGCUCUAUUUAUUUUCAUAUUGACAUUGUUCUCAAACAUUUGCAGCCAUGGAUGUAGAAGAAGGUGCAAUGGAAAGCUCUAUUCUUUCUUCCAUUCUGAAUUCUAUAGAGUCUAACGAGAGAGGAGAAGGGCUUUCCCCAGAAGAUAUUGCUUGGGUUGACUCCUGCCUGAUCAAAGACCCUGAAAGCUCAGAGACUAAUAUGAAUUCUUUGAAAGACGCCUUAUUAGAAAUCUUCAUUUCCCAACCUGAAUUAAUUAACUCCUCUGCUGCUGUAAGCAAUGGUUCUCCUGAAGAAACUGAUGUUGAAAUACUUCCUUCCAGUGAGGAGGCAGACACUGUGCAGUUCCAAGGAAGAACUGAUGAUGAUCUUGUUCUCAUUAAUAAAGAAACCAAAACAAAAGGUGAUGAUCUUCCAAUCAAUUUGAAGAAUAACACUUUGCCAUCAUUAACAUAUGGAGGAAAUUCAUUUUUGCUAACACACACUGAAGGCCUGGAAGAGAGUGGAAGUAGUGGGUCAAAGCUUGAUUUGGGCUCCCCAACUUAUGAGUUGGAGCCUUCAAAUGUGGAUGAUAUGUUUCUUGCUAAUGAAGAAGAAAAAACAAAAGGUGAUGAUCUUCCAAUCAAGUUGGGGAAUAACACUUUGCAGUCGUUAACAUAUGGGGGAAAUUCAUUUUUGCUAACACACUCUAAAGGCCUAAAAGAGAGUGGAAGUAGUGCAUCAAAGCUUGAUUUGGGCUCCUUAACUAAUGAGUUGGAGCCUUCAAAUGUGGAUGAUAUGGUUCUUUCUAAUGAAGAAGAAAAAACAAAAGGUGAUGAUCUUCCAAUCAAGUUGAAAAAUAACACUAUGCAGUCGUCAACUUUUGAGAGAAAUCCAUUUCUGCCAACUUACACUGAAGGCCUCAAAGAGAGUGGAAGAACUGAAUCCAUGCUUGAUUUGGGUUCUUCAGCUUAUGAUGUGGAACCCUCGACUGAGGAUAUCUUCAGGGUCUGGGAUUUGGACAUUCCAGCUGAGGAUGGUGAACUUGUUAAACAAUUGAACAAGGCCCUAACAGAUAAUUCCUUUGAAUCGAUACCAUCAACUCUUAAUGAUUCAGGGGCAUGGAAAGAUCUGGAAGAACAGUCGGUUGAUAAUCUAAUAGCUGGCAUUUCAGACCUAUCUUUAUAUUGAAAUUCUAGUUAAAUGUUUGUGUAAAUGGUCUUUGUUUUCUUCCUCCUCUGUGCUGCUGACAGUUAGAGGCAAACCCUGAAUGUGACCAACCUUUAAGGUACUUCAACAAACUCUUAUAGUUUAGGAGAUUCUGCUGAUGUCUCUAUUGUUGCAGUACCAACUUGGUGAAAUGAUGGUUGGUUUGAAGUUAUGGAUGGUCGAAUAUCUUGCAAACUUCUCUCAUUCUUUUCUUUGCCUCGAGCUCGUGAAUAUUUGAAGGUCAUUUCAUUCUUUAUACUUUGUGAUGAUUCUUCAAGUAGCACCUUAUAUAGUUAUAUUUAUUUGUUUCUUUUUUUUUCGUUGUAAAAAGCAGUUAUUCCCUAUAAUUUACCGACCUGUGGUAGCUUCUUUA